AUGAUAGAUGUGGCAGUCAGAAACAUAUCAACACUCAAAUUCAUUCUCCAACAUUAUUCAAUUAAAGAAUUUUUAUUGGUUUAUAAUCAAAGAAUUGGAAUUCUAUUUAAUAGAACUAUCGAUGAACACAACGAUCUAGAGUUAAUACAAUAUAUAUAUGACACAUUCAACGAUCACUGUGAGUUGGAAGUCUGGAAUGAUACUCAAAUUUGCAGUCCAAGAGUAUUCCAAUAUUUGGUUGAAAUGAAUUUAAUUAAUCCAGAUAUGUAUCGAGGAAGAAAAUCCGAGGCAUAUUUCUUGCUUUGUAAGGCUGGGUUAGAAGCUAUUGUCUGGCUACACGACAAUGGAAUAGUUGAUUGUGAUAAUCAAUCAUAUCAAAAUAUAUUACUACAACAAAAAAAUCUAAGCCAGAAUAUUAUACCAUUCAUUCAAUUUAAUUGUAAUAUUUCAAAUCAAGCUUUAUUACAAAUAAACUUCAAAUAA